AUGAGUCGCUUCAAAUUCGUUGAUAUUGGCAUCAACUUGACAGACCCUAUGUUUAGAGGAAUUUAUAGGGGAGUUCAAAAACAUCCAGAUGACUUACAGGCUGUAAUAGAGAGAGCUACUCAGAUUGGUGUUAAAAAGUUUAUGCUUACAGGUGGGAGUCUGCAAGACAGUAAAGAUGCACUGCAUUUGGCACAAACAAAUGAUAUGUUUUUCAGUACAGUUGGUUGUCAUCCUACGCGAUGUGGUGAAUUUGGAAAGGACAACCCUGAGCUUUACUUACAAGAGCUGCUCAGUCUUGCUGAAAGCAAUCGUGGCAAAGUUGUAGCCAUAGGGGAAUGUGGACUUGAUUUUGACCGACUGCAGUUUUGUCCAAAGGAGACUCAGCUCAAGUAUUUUGAAAAACAGUUUGAGCUGUCAGAACAAACCAAAUUACCAAUGUUUCUUCAUUGUCGUAAUUCACAUGUGGAGUUUUUGGACAUAAUGAAAAGAAAUAGAGAUCGGUGUGUAGGCGGAGUGGUGCAUUCAUUUGAUGGUUCCAAGGAAGCAGCAGCGGCUUUGAUUGACUUGGAUCUGUACAUAGGCUUUAAUGGUUGUUCGCUGAAAACGGAGGCUAAUUUAGAAGUUUUGAAGUCAAUACCUAGUGAAAAAUUAAUGAUUGAGACUGAUGCACCUUGGUGUGGAGUCAAGAGCACACACGCAGGAUCUAAAUACAUCCACACUUCAUUUCCUACCAAGAAGAAGUGGGAACACGGGCACUGCUUGAAAGACAGAAACGAACCUUGCCAUAUAAUUCAAAUACUGGAGAUCAUGGCAGCAGUGAGGGAUGAAGACCCAUUGGAGUUAGCCAAUACCCUGUAUAACAACACCAUUAAAGUCUUUUUCGCUGGUAUGUAAUUGGUAUGUCUUCUGCUUUCCAUCAUGUAUGUAACAUUUUAUGGUAAACCUUACUGAAAGCGUCAAUAAAGGACUUAUCUGGAAGCAGUGUAAA